AUGUCGACACUGCUGCUGGAGCCUGAAAUCAAAGGCGAGCUGGUUGCGACUUCAGAAGAUGGAGCAGACACCGAUCCAUUACCGCUUGAGACUGGCGGAGAGACAGUCGGAGUGCUCGAUCCGGAAGUAACAUUCCAAGGAGCAGUCAUGGUUCCACUUGUCAUUGAAGGAACAGAGUCACCACUCGGACUGCUGGAGCUAUCUUCUGGGAUGGAGGAUUCUGGCACGCUUGUUGCUGCACUAGUGAGCGCAUCACUCGUUGAUGGCAGCGGCGUCACGGUAAUCGAGAUGUUUCCUGCAAGCGAUGUCGAUGCCAUGCUGGUCACUACGUCACUCGAAGAACCAGCGGUCUGA